AUCAUCGAAAAGCUGGUCCGCAAGAAGUCAGAGCACAAUGAACGUCUAAUCAGCACGCUGGAAGAGAUCUCCUUGCACCAGGAGGACAUCGAGGUAAUUGAACACAUCCAGAACUGGUGUCGCGACCUCAAGAUCCUACUCCUCCAAUCCAACCUGAUUGCACGCCUGGAGAAUUUGCACAAGCUGAAGCGCUUGGAGUACCUCAAUGUGGCCAUCAACAACAUAGAACGGGUGGAGAAUCUGGAGGGCUGUGAGUCGCUUAGUAAACUGGAUCUUACUUUAAACUUUAUAAGAGAGCUAACCAGUGUGGAGUCGCUAUGUGGCAACCACAAUCUCCGCGAGUUGAUACUCAUUGGUAAUCCUUGCGUGGAUUAUCCGCACUACAGGGACUACGUGGUGGCCACCUUGCAACAGCUGAACAGUUUGGAACGUCUGCGAGCGUUUCGGGAACUGUCCAAGAACCGGUCCAUCAUUGUUCAGAAGCAAGCAGAUCAGAACAUCGAACGUGAUGAGCAGCGUAUCCGGGUGGCGAAGCAACAGUCCGCUCUGUCUGAACAUUGUGCCGGCAUAGAGAACGAAGAGGAGCGCAUAAAGGCCUUUUGGCAAGCGAAGAACGAGCACUGCCCGGAGAUUCGGACAGAGAUCGCUCGGCAAUACCGAUUGGGCCGGGAGCGGCAUGAAACCAAGUCCCCACUGGACCCUCCGAAGCCGCAGCGCAACCUCUUCGCUCCUUGUGGCAGACCCUACAAUCUGAACCAGGCCAAACUGCCCUUUAACUUCCAGGACGAGGCCGAACAUUACUUGCUCCAACUAGAGGUGUACAGGUAA